GUUCAUUAGGACCAGGAAGGAUGAAAAAUGUUUUCAGAUUUUUGGAUGACCCCUUCUGAAGGGGGUCGUCCAUACAAGACAAAUAUUGUUUUCGCGAUAUUGACGUUAUUUUUCGUCGGAUUGUGUUGAAAAUUUGCACAUGAGUGUUUUGAAAGACGAGCAAUCGAUUUCAGGUGUCAAAUUUUGUGUAAGAGGACAGCCAAAGGGGUCGUCCAUAUUAACUGUUCGCUGUUUUUGCGAUAUUGACGUUAUUAUACAUCGUAUUCAGAUGAAAAUUGGUACACGAUAGUUUUGAGUGACAUGCAAUCGAUUGAAGGUAUCAAAUUUAUUGUAAGGGCCGGCAAAAGGGGUCGUCCAUAUUAAAUUUUCAGUAUCUUAGUGAUAUUGUCGUUUUUAUACAUCGGAUUGGGGGGAAAAUUUGCACAUAGGAGUUAUUAGGGACAAAUAACUGAUUUCACUUAUCCAAACUAAGAUCAGGGGUCGGCCAAAGGGGUCUUCCAUGUUAACUAUUCACUGUUGAUGCGAUAUUUUCGUUAUUAUACAUCGGAUUCAGACGAAAAUUGGUACACGAGAGUUUUGAGAGAUGAGCAAUGGGUUUCAGGUAUUCAAUUCAGUUUAAGGGGCCGGCAAAGGGGGACGUCCAUAUAAACCUUUCAAUAUUUUUGCUAUAUCGUCGUUAUUAUACAUCGUAUUGGGAUGAAAAUUUGCACACGGUAGUUUUCAGGGACGGACAAUCGAUCUCAGAUGUCAAAUAUUUUGCCAGGGGUUGACGGAAGGGGUCGUCCAUAUAAAUUAUUUUUUUUCACUUUUUUAAGCAAUAUUGACGUUAUUAUAAAAUGGAUUGCUUUGAAAAUUUGCACACGGGAGUUUUGAGGGAAGGGCAAUCGAUUUCAGAUAUCAAAGUUUAUAUAAGAGCCCCCAGGGUUAGCUUUUUGACAAUAAUUGCGUUGUUAUGCAGUGAUUUAGUCGAAAUUUAUACACGUGGUUUGUGAUUCCUGAUUUCAUCUUUAGUUACAGACGACAGACAAAGUGAUCGUCCAAUAUUUUUGCAAUUAUUACUAAACAAUGAAUCUGGAAAAUGCUUGGCAAUUGACUUUCAUACAAACUGUUUAUAACAUAUUCCAAGUUGAAAGCGAAACGGAGUUCGUAUGGGAUCAGCUAGUUUAUUCAUAAACUCCCUUCCUUUUCAAUAUAGGAAGCCAAUGUGGGAAAGAAUUAGAAAAAAAUAAAAUAUCAUUAUCUAUGGUAAAUCUUCCAUAAGAUCAUUGUCAAAAUAUUACUCAAAAUUCGUUCCUUCCUUUAAGCAGUAAUGAAACUCUUUUCCCAAUUUUAGGAAAACAUCCUUAGCGUGUAAAAUCGAGAAUUUAUAUUCACCUCGACAAAUUUUCACGUAGCUCCUUUUCUAAACACUUUCUUAUUUCGAUUUUGUCUUCAUACUUCUGUGUUCAAUUUUUGCGAGAAAUUUUUUAUCUCAUAAAUUUAUCUCUGAUUUGGAUGGUGAAAUAACAAGUUUUAUACUGCGUUUCCUUGCUCUGUAAUGGCCAAAAUACGUGACCUUCCUGAAGAGGUGCUUCUCAUCAUAUUUAGCUAUCUGAAACUGCGGGACAGGAAGGUGGCCUCUCGAGUGUCUCGGCUAUGGAACCACCUUAUAUUCUCGGAUCGUCCGAUGCGAACUAUAGCCCUUCACGUGACGGACUACCUUAAGCCGAAGGAACGAAAAUGUCUGAUGAGCUCCAAGCGGCUCUAUCGGAACUUGAUUCUGGAAUGGGUCGAAGCUUCCUGCGUUCCCUUUUUGGAUGAGGUAUUGAGGAAGUUUGGCGGGGACAUUACGACCCUUAAACUGUCGACCUACGUAGUAACUCCUCCUGUCUUGGUAAAGUUCCUUCUCAGGACUCCUAAACUAGACGAGCUGAUCAUCGAAGGAUGUUUCGUCAGCGAUGAUUGUGAUUUGCCGAUUCCCCCGUAUAAACAUAUUAGGGCACUCCAAUUAUCGCAGCGCGGUUUUGAGCAUGAAGUUGGGGAACUGAUUCCGAGGGUCUUUCCCAAUUUGGAAUCUCUAGAUGUGAUGGCGAGUGAAGCUGCUGCUAUGAGCUUAAUUUCAUUCUAUGCUCGUCAGCUCAAAUGUCUUCACCUGCAUAUGGAAAGUGAGCAGUACCGAAAAUUUUGCAAUCUGGAUGGUUUAGAAAACCUCAAACGACUCAAUAUCUACUGGCCACAAUCCUGCGAUCAAAGACUAGUUGUGGAAUCGUAUCGACAGAUGAGGAAUUUAGAAAGCGCUUGCCUAUCGGGUCCUAUCAACGAGGAUAGUUUCAAAAUUAUUUGCAACCAAUGGAAUCAGCUUCAGUACCUGAGUCUCAAUGUCCAUUCGUUAAAAGUACCCGCGUUCCGCCAAAUAACUCAGCUGAAGCAUAUUAAAGUCCUCAAACUACAGGGAUCGGUUCGGGAAACGAACUUCCUGCAGGGCAUAAGUCUUCCUAGUGUUUUGAGUCUCAUUCUCGAUGGUGUCACCAGUGAGAACGGUUUCUACAGCAAUCUUGUGGCUUUUGUUCCCAACAUUCAACUGUUACACAUCUACGAUCAUACCAUCGACAAUGCCAAUGUCAUGUUGAUCACCAAAACUAUGACAUCACUCAGGGCGCUUUCGUUGGAGUAUUGCUACCAGCUUAAAGAUGAGGCUUUCCGAUUUCUGAACCACCUGAAGGAUCUGGUAGAGCUGCGGUGCUGGUCGGUGCCAAUUUCCGAGAAUGCUCUAGUCAAAUUCCCCAAAUGUCCUAACCUACGAAACCUAAGCAUCGGAGGAAGUGGAUGGCAGAUUACCGACAAAACCAUCCUGGACAUCCCCCAGGUGUUCCCGGCACUUCGGGAACUAACGAUUGCCGACUGUUUCAAGGUGCACGAGGACACAAUCUACACUCUGCAAGAGCGGAUGCGUGGCUGUGCUGUCUACAGACAGGAACGACCCGAUCCAGAUCGGGACACGGAACAAGCCUGGGCUAAGCGGUGGUAAGUCUGAACUGUGAUAUUUUUAGAUUUUAAUGUAGAAAAAAUAAUUUAAGUGUGUUUCAUGAACCAUGAUUUCAAAAUUGUCUACAAUAAAAAUCAUUUAUUCGUUGGGAAGUUUUCUUACUUUUUUCUUUCCAACUGGU